UUUGUGGUGCCACAAUUUAUAAUAUUUUUUUUAAUCUUGUCUUCUGCCAGCUGGCAAGUCAAUAAUUAAUCCACCCCCUACAAGGACAUCUUCGAGAAGGCUGACCAAGCAGUGCAGCCCACAGCGUUCAAGGGACAAAGAAAAUAAGACAUUUGUGCCACAUGUUUGACCUGAGCAUGUUCCAGGGAGCCGUAAUUACACACCACAUCCCCUUUACGCCAGGUGCUGUACCAACAGAGCUGGAGCUUCCCUUGGCCCUGUGCAGCCUUUCCCACAGACCCCAGGUGCCACUUUGCGUAGGUUUUACUCAAUUUUUGCUUUAACCAACGUAUCUCACAGCCCCAAUGCAAACAUAUGGCCCUGGGCAGUCACCACAGGGCUCAAGGGCUUCUAAGGGCCUGGCAGCCCCACAAUCCAGGCAGCCCUGCCUGCUGGUGGCUGUCCCCACCCACAGCUGGUUCCUGGGCAGCAGGGAAGGCAAGCAGACACUUUCUGUGUUCCUGCACUUCAUUUCCCCUCCUCCCCCCCCUCCCCCCCCCCCGAAAACAGUGCUAGCAGCCCCCCUGCUGCAGCCAGGAGGCCAAGGCCAUGGAGACCCUCCAGCAGGUGUUUCAGAAGGUGGAGAAGAUCGGGGAGGGCACCUAUGGCGUGGUGUACAAGGCUCGCAACAAGCGGACGGGGCAGCUGGUGGCUCUCAAGAAGAUCCGCUUGGACUCGGAAACAGAGGGUGUCCCCAGCACAGCCAUCAGAGAAAUCUCGCUGCUGAAGGAGCUGAAGCACCCCAACAUAGUCAGGCUCCUAGAUGUCGUGCACAGCCAAAAGAAGCUGUAUCUGGUAUUUGAAUAUCUCAAUCAGGACCUGAAGAAAUACAUAGACUCCUCCCAAACUGGAGAGUUUCCUUUAAGCUUAGUCAAGAACUACCUUUUCCAGCUGCUGCAGGGUGUGAGCUUUUGCCACUCGCACAGAGUCAUCCACAGGGACUUGAAGCCACAGAACUUGCUCAUCAAUGAAGCAGGAGCCAUUAAGCUGGCUGAUUUUGGUUUGGCAAGAGCUUUUGGAGUUCCCUUGCGGACAUACACUCACGAGGUGGUGACUUUGUGGUACCGAGCCCCUGAAAUACUCCUGGGAUGCAAAUACUAUUCGACUGCUGUGGAUAUCUGGAGUAUCGGCUGCAUCUUUGCAGAAAUGGUGACCAGGAAGGCCCUGUUUCCAGGGGACUCCGAGAUCGAUCAGCUCUUCCGGAUCUUUCGCACCCUGGGUACUCCCACUGAGGCGACCUGGCCUGGGGUGACACAGCUGCCUGACUACAAGGGGGACUUUCCUCGGUGGAGAAGGAAAGAGAUGAAGGAAAUCGUUCCCAACUUAGAUCGAGAUGGCAGAGAUUUAUUGGCGCAAUUGCUCCUGUAUGACCCCAGCAAGCGCAUCUCAGCCAAGGCAGCCCUCAGUCACCAGUACUUCUUCUGGAAAAGCCCGCAGAGCACCGAAGAGCAACGUGUGAUGCACAGACACUGCAGAUGAAGUGACGCAGCUCUCCCCGUGCACUUGUAGCCCUGGGUAGCAGUGCAGAUCUGGUUUGGGGCACUUAGCAGGGGACUAGCUGGGACUCGGGGCCUCACUUCUGAGGAGCCCUGAGGGGAAUAUUCUUGCAUUUAGAGACUCUCAGCCUGUUGCUGGAGGAAGAUUUGCUAGGUUAUGGCCAGUAGAGCUGUUUUGAAGAGGUCAUGUGGAAAGGUGGGGUUAUUUAUCAACAUAAAACACUGACAUAUAAAUGAUAGAGCAUACUUGUCCUUCAUUAGCCAGCAAGCUAAGGUGACACAGUGUUCCAGGGCAUCACCAGCUCUUGCUGCAGGUCUGACGGUGGCAGUUCCUGACACCAGGGUGUGCUGGAGCUCCAGUGUGGGUAGGACAUUGCUGCUCUGCUCAGCCGUUUGUUGCUGUUAACAACCAGGUUUGUCAGUGUUAGACUCGUUGUUUAAGUUGAGCUGUUUAAUAGAGCUAACAUUCUGCUGUUUUGCAAGCUGAGGAGUGCUGUAAGGUAUCUGAAUUUGUGCUUUAGCUGGGACUGAGAAGCCAGAAGAUCCAGUUAGCAUAAAGCGCUUGCUGCAUGUGGUUGGAAACAGUGACAGCUGAAACACCAGCUUCCCAUCAUCAGUCCAGAUGUAACACUGGUUCCUUUGCUUUAUUGUCUUGGAAAAGUUCUUGCCUUCAAGUGUUUGGAGAAUUAUAACUAACUUUUAAUGUGUUUUUGACAUCUGAGAUUUUUUUUUUCCAAUACAGAAAAAAAUAAAGGCUUGUCAUUUGUUCAGAAACAUCUGUGUUUAUUGCUUGGCUCAGCCCAUCAGGCUAGUGACGCAGGACAAGCUGGCUGGUCCCUUUUUUUUCCACAGACCUCUUCUCCCCUCAUCAUUUCCUGCACUCUUUCUUUUAUUCUUUCCAGCUCACGUCCUUGGCAGGUGCAGAGAUGUGCUCUCGAUUCUGUUGAGGAACAAGGGGCUGAUGGUUCUUCAGCCCAGUGCUGUCUCAGUACAAUAAGAUUGGAUUUCUUUCCAGCAGCGGUUGCCACAGACCAGUUCAGAGUUAGGUCCUACUUAUUUAAAUACUCGAGACAGUUUUUUAACUUCGGGAAGCUAAAGUUCCGAAAGUUCUGUUUUUCAUGCUUGUGCACAUGCAGCCCCCUAAAACCUGUGAGCCUAAGAGCUGAUUUCAGCACAAGCUGACAGCUCUCAAAAGCUGUCACAUUCCUAGAACUUGGUAACAGCUAAACAACGUGGUGAAGGAGAGAGGCUGCUGCACAUCUCAGCUGCAGCAUAAACCCCUCACCACCUAUGAGGCAGCAGAAACCUUUAGACUUCUCCCAUAGAAAAAUCCCCUUUCAGCCCAGAACCUGCCUGCCUGAAGCCAAGCUCUGUUAACCUUUGGCUU